AUGAAGCGCUUCCUGGGAUCUCUGAGCAGGCGCUCAAGCUCCAGCGACAGUGUCGAAUACAGCGAAGACUCACCAGAAGCCGUUGUCCUGCAAGCAUUGACUGCCUUCUGCGAAUCGAAUCAGAAUGUGAAUGCGGAUGGAUCUUCGCACGACGCGCAAGGAACUGAAUUCGUUUACCUCCCUCAAAUCGUCGAAACUGCCGAGUCGAGCCCCAAUGCCGCUAAGGAAGCGGCUUUGCGCAUUCGCAAGUAUCUCACCGACCCCGCCGGUACCCCGAACCACACCCAGUACAAUGCGAUCAUGCUCAUGCGCAUCCUGGCCGACAACCCGGGGCACACCUUCACACGCAACUUCGAUGCCAAAUUCGUGACAACCGUUAAGGAGCUGCUGCGGACAGGACGCGACUGGAACGUGCAGAGCUAUCUCCGCCAGUAUCUGGAUAGCCUCGAGCAAGAACGCGCAUGGGACGAAGAUCUCAAACUGCUGCUUCAGAUGUGGGCGAAGGAGAAGACGAAAGCCUCUCACGGUCUGAUCGACCGUUUCCCAAGGAAUUCCGUCGUCCCACCGCGAGUCCCGCCUAGGUCUCGCCCUCACCAACAGCCAUACGGCCUGUCCCGCGCGCCGACAAAUACCCUCCCCACGCCGGUGGAACUAGCAGCCCGCAUCGAGGAGGCGCGCAAUUCGGCCAAGCUGCUCACGCAAUUCGUCCAGUCCACGCCGCCGAUAGAGCUGGAAAACAACGAUCUCAUCAAGGAGUUUGUUGACCGCUGCACAACCGGUUCGCGUGUUGUUCAAGGAUAUAUCCACGCGACCAACCCGGCUCCGGACGAGGACACCUUGUUGACGCUUAUUGAGACAAACGAAGAGAUCUCCGUGGCGCUGUCGCAACAGCAGCGUGCCAUGCUGAAGGCGCGCAAGAUCAGAGGAUCUUCGUCGCCCAGCUCGUCCAAUUUGAAUAGCCCUUCACCGACGUCGCAGGUUGUCGCGCCAGGAGUUACGAAUUUCUCUCCUCCCCCCGUGGCGCCAGCUGGCAUUUCAACGCGCAGCUCCGAAUCCCCGGCACAGCUGCCUUCUCCGACUAUGACUGGUGGUCGGCCACUUGCUUCCCAUUCACUCAAUUCCAAUCCUGUCGGGGGAUCUACGACUAAUAGCCGAUAUGAAUACAAGCCUGAGGAUUUCCAGGUGCGGAACCCAUUCGCGGAUGACUAUGCCACGAAUGAAUCGGAGGAGAGGAAUCGUGUGCAUUUUGAUUCGCAGGUCCAGAGUGAUCGCCGGUAG